AUGGAGGAACUCCCUGCUCCAACUGCCGAUCCGCCCGUGUCGAUUGCAACUAUAGCAGGAUUGCGCCUAGAACAUCAGCCGUUCGGCAACGGCGGAGAAAAGAUCGACGCUAUUUCUCGCGAUGUUAGCGACAUCAAGUCCCUGUUAACGGGUCUUGACUUGAGCCGCACAGCAGCCAUACCAUCACCGGAAGAGCAUCGUUCUGUCCCGGCGCUCCAAAAGAAAGGCGAUGAACACCCAAGGCGUCGAGACGCCCCUCGGAGUGUUCCUCUUCGACAGUGGGAUCAUUCUUCGCACAUCAUCAAUUUCAUAAAGUCCAUUGUUCAGGAGGGUACCUCAGCUUAUCCUAACUCUGAAUGGGAUGACACCAUUACUUCAUUGAAGAGCCUUGUUGAUGCUUUGGAGAACCCUCAGUCGGCAAGAAAACCGGCCUCACCAGAGCUUACGGUUAAUAAUCUAGAAGAAACUCCAUCAGUACCAAAUUUGGAGGCAGUUCUCGGGAUUUUGCGGUGGGCAAAAGAACAUUCUUCCGACUUCCGAAUCUCCUGGAUCUGCCGGUUUCUCCCUCUCGAUAAACUGCUGGACAUCUGCACUCAAGUGUGGUUCGGUGUUGGUGAACCAAGCCUUCCAGAGAAGAUUAUUGCAAAUAGCUUCAUAGCAUAUAUUUCCGCCGAGUACAGUGUCGUUCAUGGAGAUAUGAGAUACAGAAGCUACUGCCAGCAUCACCGAACACUUGUCGAGGUCGUCACUGCAUUGACUCUGGGAUCUUUGUAUAUGGUUGAGGAGGGCAGAGUAUCACAUGCCUGGAUACUGAUCUCGAAUGCAAUGACAGCUUGUCAGACACUGGGCUAUCAUCGAGCCGAUAGAUACUCGGGAGGCGACAAGGAUAUACAGACUCAAUUAUUCUGGGCGGUAUACACCUAUGAGAAUAGUUUGUCACUGCGGUUAGGUCGGUGCUCCGGUAUCAGAGAUUCUGAUAUCACCUUACCCAUUAAGCCGAACCAGCAUAGAGCUAUCCGGCUUGGACGUAUCCAAGGAAAGGUAUACAACCAAUUAUAUAGUCCAGCAGGACUUGCUUCAACGGAUGAUGCGCGCGGAGAGGCUGCCCAAGUUCUUGCGCAGCAGGUCCAAGCGAUCAUAGACGAAAGUCAGGCAGAUGUCGCGGAGGCAUUGAAUCGCAACAGUGGCAAUGCUGAGGAUCCUGCUAGGGUCAUCUACCUACACUGCGACCUAGUCUGCCAGUCAUCCUUGAUGGGGAUGAUUCUCAAAGCAAUUCCCAGCUCUACAGACCCGAGUGCUAUGGACAGAUGUGUCACUGUUGCGCGCAAUACGUUGGACUUACACGAGCAGUGCAUGAAACUUGUCAAUGGGUGUAAAGACCCUUUACUGAUCAAGAGAUACAUCAGCUGGGCUAUCUUACAUACACCUUUCUUUCCGUUCAGCAUCGUUUUCGAGAAUGCGAUACGUCAGGCAGACACAGACGAUCUAGACCGACUGGACAGAUUUGCUGCUUCAUUUGAGUCUGACAACGUCAACACUAAGCCCAACCUCGGCGCACAGAAGCUUAACAGCGCCGAGCUCUGGUGA